UUAAAAAGCUCGUCAAGCUGCCCCCCCCUGAAAAUAACCAGUCCUGCUUUGCCUUCGCCACGAGGAGGACGAGGAAAAGGGCUCCGUUCUUCCUCCUUGGCAGAAGCUGGGGGUCGGGGUCUUGGGGGGACGCGGUGGAUGAACGUGAGAUCUUCGAGUGCUUUCCGAUCAGAGCGCAGCUUUCUUCAGUCGGUGUCGCCCACGGGCACCAUGGAGCUUUUUGGGAGCUUUGUUCGGCCCCACGGCGAGACUUUGGGGUUCCAAGCUCGGCCCGGCAACACCGGCACGGUGAAAACCCUGGGCAACACCUAUCAGUUCACUGUGGACGUCAGUGACUUCGCCCCCGAGGACAUCAUCGUCACCACCUCCAACAACCAGAUCGAGGUGCACGCCGAGAAGCUGGCUGCGGAUGGCACCGUCAUGAACACCUUCACCCACAAAUGCCAGCUGCCCGAGGACGUGGACCCCACAUCGGUGUCAUCCUCGCUGGGGGACGAUGGCACGUUGACCAUCCGGGCUCAGCGACAGCCAGCCAAGCACACCGACCACGUCCAGCAAACCUUCCGGACUGAGAUCAAGAUUUGAGGGAACAGCGGGGCCCUUUCCCUCCCUCAUUAAUGAUUUGGGUGAUUUGGAAAGGAGGUGGGACAUGGGGUAGGGGAUGGGAACGCUCCCCCCCGGGGUCAGACCUGUGACGAGGAGCUGGUGCGGUGAGAGGCAUCUCGUCACCCGCUGGAGAAACUCCAGAAGGGAGUGCUGGCUCCUGGCACCGGGGUUCUUUAGCCGGCGAGGGUUGAUAGGGAAGAUCUAGCAUUCCAAGAGACCUGCCAGGAGCAAGGAGUGAGGAUCAAUUCCCAGCCCUCUGCCAGAGCCUGUCUCUGUAUAUACAGCUUGUGAUAAAUUAUUGAGAAUGCC